AAAAAGUGGGGUUCCUCACUCUGCUUGGUUGGGCGCGUCGUGGUCCAUGCCAGUAUAAAAGGGCAUUCCUUUUUCUUUCCCUAGACGCAGUCCCCAGCAGCCUCCAGUGGCGUAAACCCUAGCAAGCCAGAGCAGUCGACUCUAACGCCUCGGAUAGAUCUCCAGCGUCGUAAACCCUAGCAACCAUGACUUUCAAGCGCAGGAAUGGGGGACGCAACAAGCACGGCCGUGGCCACGUCAAGUUUAUUCGCUGCUCCAACUGCGGUAAAUGCUGCCCUAAGGACAAGGCAAUCAAGAGGUUCCUCGUGCGGAACAUUGUUGAGCAAGCUGCAGUUAGAGAUGUUCAAGAAGCCUGUGUCUACGAUCAAUAUGUUCUUCCCAAGCUGUAUGCAAAGAUGCUGUAUUGUGUUUCAUGUGCGAUUCACUCACACGUUGUGAGGGUCCGCUCUCGCACUAAUAGAAGGAAUCGUGAACCACCACAGCGCUUCAUCCGACGCAGGGACGAUCUACCAAGGCCAGGUCAGCCUGGUCAAGCACCUCGUCCUGCUGGAGCUGGGAAUCCCGUCCGUGCUUAAAACGCAAUUCAAUUUAUUUAUUCUGGCAUACUCCUUUUAUUCUGUGGGUAUCUUGAGUUUCUAGAACUUUUUCAAUUUUGUAGCGAGUCUCAAUGUUGGAUAAUGUAAUUUGAUGAGAAUGCAAAUGGAAAAUCCGCGAGUGUUCUUAUUUUCA